UCUCUGCCCACAAAUUGAUUAGGGAAGUUGAUAAAAGGGGGGCCAGAUCUCGCGCCGCCUCCACUAGUGGCGGCACUUGCUUUAGCGAAAGAUGUACAACGGCAGUAACACCGGAGGGGGCAAAAAACCGCGACCUACCACGGGAUACCUAGUGAGACCCAGACUUGGUGCACUCAGAUCUAUAUACUCCAAUCGACCCUUCUCAGCGAUGUCGCCUGAUAAGAGGAAGAAACUAAAAAAAUCAGCAAUCCCGAAAAUGGAAUGGAGAAGGAAACCCGACUAUGCAGAAACCGCCUAUCGUGAGGCUGUAGGUAGACUAAGAAUUCUUCUUGCAGAAAGUUAUACUCCUUUGAAGAGACCUAUAAAAGAGCUGGACAGCGCUGGUGAAGAAACUGACAAUCAAUCUUUAAUCAGCGCCGGAAGCAGAAACUCGCGGUUGAGUAGACACUACUACCAAUAUAAUCCCUUAACGCCAAGAAAGUACUACUACUAUCCACCAUUAAGGAGUCAUUACCCUUUAUCUAAUACGGGUACAGAAAAACCAUCAAUAGAUCCUCCAAAAACGGAUGCAAAUGCACCCCCAGAAUUACUUUCUUUUAUAGAAAGACAAGAAGAUUAUAUUGAACAACUAGAGAAAGAAUCUCGUUUUUGUAGAGACGAAUUAUCUUCGUUAUUAAGCAAAGUGAAAGAUGUCAUCAGUGAAAACGAAAAUUUACACGAACGACAAAAGUCUAAAUUAAUCAAAUCAGUAUUUGAUCAUUUGGAAACCGAAACAGAAACGGAAACUGAUAUUGAUAACAAAAGCAUUUUAAAAUCUCCGAAGAGUACAAGGAAAACCAGGAUCAUCGAAGGACCAUCCAUUGUAUUUGAAUCAAGGAUCUCUGAACUGGAAGCACAACUUACUCAGUCGAAGAUAGAUCUUAAGAAGGCCCAAGAUGAAAACGAAUCUUACAAAAGAAAAAUUAAUGAUGGAACUAUUUUAGACACAGUAGGCUAUGAAUCUUAUAAAAAGCAAAUUGACAAUUUUCAAAGGGAAAAAGAAAAUUUACAAGACACCAUUCACAAACUACAGAACUCAUUGGCCGUUCUCAGAGAGAAAGAAACAGAUACCACGGAUAAAGUUAAACGAAGCCUUGACGUUGCUGAGCAAGCGCAAUAUGAAAAAAAUGCUGCCGAAGCCGAGAUCAGACGCUUAAAAGAUGAACUGGAACGACAACAUAUGAAACUCAGGGACACAAUUUCGGAACAGGGUAGAAGAGUAGCAGACGAGAGAUCGACAGUAGAAAGACGAUACACUCAACAAAUCGAGCAACUCUCUGCGGAAUUGGGAAUACAAUGGGAAAGUACGAACAAACUGCAGAUGGAAGUGGAUAAACAGAGAAGGGAAAACGCCGAUCUACGUAGAGAUGUGGCUCAAAAACAGGCACUCAUUGACGAACUCCGGAAGGACAUGCAAAGCAAAAUAAUUAACUUGCAAUCUGACAUUGGCGUUAGUGGAGCAGAGAAAAGCGCAUUGGAACAACAAAUCGCAACUCUUCAACUUGCAAAUGAAAGAAGUGACAGGCAAUCUAAACAGGAAAUAGUGCGUCUACACGCGGAAAUACAGUCUCUAAGACAGAGAUUGGACAGAGCUGACGCUGAUCUGAUCCACAGCCGACGAGAGAACAUCAGAUUGUCGGAACAGAUUGCUUCUCUUGAAAAGGAGAUUACUCUAAAUGCUGCAUUAUCAGAAGAGAGAACCAACACCACUCCAAGAACUCCAAGAGGCGGGGAAAUAGUGGCCUUGCCACCUCCUGCUCCAAAAAAUGAGGAGAGGGAGAAAGAAUUGGGCUCCUUGAUUCAUGACAUGGAAAACAAGCAUGCGGCCACUGUAAGCGAAUUAGAGGGCAUGAUCUUCUCUCAGAAUCAACUCAUGGAAAAAUUGUCGAACGAAUGUCAUGCUCUAACUCAAAAAUUGGAAGACACUACAGUCAAGCAUAAGGAGGAAAUACGGGAACUACAAACUAACCUAGAAUGUUUGAGAAAUAAGUUUAGUCAGUCACAGUUCUCAACGUCCAAUUUUAAAGAUGAAGAACAUACUCCAACAAACAUUGAAAGACCUCCACAACUUCGAAACCCUUCACAAACAAUUAGCCCCACGGCACAGCCAGCCCAACCAGCUCAACCUACUACGGCAGAACCACCAGAAGCUAAACCAGAGCCUCAACCAAUAAACGUAACCGACCCCAAUAAAGUGUCUAUGCCAUCCAGACAAAACAGUAAAGACGCACUUUCAUUGCAACAACAGCCCGUUCAAAUAGAUCAAGAUAAUUCUAGUCAACCAGCAGAAUCUUAUGAGUACCCUCCUCAAACAGUAGACGACCAGUACCAAUAUGAUCCUAAUCAGCAGUAUGAUCCUAAUGCGUAUGAUCCUAGCCAGUACGAUCCUAACCAACAGUACGACCCAAACCAACAGUACGAUCCCAACCAACAGUAUGAUCCUAACCAAGAGUACGACCCAAAUCAAGCGUACGACCCAAAUCAGGUGUACGAUCCCAAUCAACAGUACGAUCCCAACUUACAAUACGAUCCUAAUGAUCCUAACCAGCACUACGCUGUUGAUCCUAACGAUUCCAACCAACAGUACAGCACUGAUCCAAACCUCACAAGCGCAGAUGGUACUGUUGAUACGGUAGAAGGGGCAGAUAGUACGAAGCAGUAAUUUGAAAUGUAUAAAUAUAACGUGUUAACAAAGGUGCUUAAAAAGGUUACUGAUAAGUGAAAUAACGGCAGAAGGUACGGAUAUACAAGUAUACUUUUUUCUUUUUGUCUUGUAUCAUACAGUUGGAAACGUGUAGGAAUAUCAGUUGCUGUUCAAUGUCAAAUUAAUCCCUUAAUUUACAAUCUCAAUCUCACAUUAUUCUUAACUUCCUAAACUUAUAAUUUCACCGUGUAUAAUUGAAACAUUGGGAAACAUAUCGCGUAAUAUUUUAAUAAUUAGAGCCUAUUCAGAGUCUAUAUUUAUUUGAAUUAGAUAGUUUAGCUGAAUCAAAUGGAAAAAUUCGAUGUAAAUAUCAGGAUCGAAUUGUUUUCUAAUGCCCCUUUGUCCCGAUCCAUCUCAAUCGACGAUGGUAAAUACAUGUUUGAAGUGUGACUUUCUAUAAUAGACUGCCCUUAAUGACAGCUACUGAUAAUUACACUCUAGUGACGUAACUUCAAACAAUGACUUACGCACUUGUUAACGAGGUAACUAUUCUAAAUAGACUGCGAGUCAAAAUGGUCCCUAAAUUUAUAAUCUCAUCAAAAUAUUCAAUUCAUCAAUUAGUCACGUGGUCACAAAACUACGGACUUUCAAUAUGUUGAAAGCUUGCAACUACAGUUUAAAGGAAGCUAUUGCAAAACUUCAAAAAGUUCAAUUGGAAAAUAUAUUAUUUGGCAAUUUAUUAAGUUUGCAGGUUGAAUAGAUUCUAAUUAUUAAAAUAUUAUGCGAUAUGUUUCUCAAUGUUUCAAUUAUACACGGUGAAACUAUAAAGGUUUAGGAAGUUAAGAAUAAUGUGAGAUUACAAAUUAAUUGAUAAAUUUGAGAUUGAACAGUUGCUGUUUUAAUGCUUUUAGGAUUUUCCUUCUUCGGCUAAUUGUAAAAUGGUAAAUCGCUCUAGUCCACUUCUAUCCUCAACCUUGCCAGUAAGUAGGUUUAGGAGAUAAUAUAAGAAAAAAACCUUGCACUCUUUCAGCAGACUCAACAGUUUGUCAUCCAUUCCAGCCAGUUGUCGUAUUGGUUAGCUUCAGUCCUUCAGCAUUUAUAUAUUAUCGAGACCAGGUGCUUAGCCACUUUUAAGAUGUAUAAUGGUCCAUUUCCAGUCCAGUAAGGCCGCUCUUGUGAGAAUUGUCUAUCCAUUUAUUUUUAGCUUGUCGUAUUUUCUGAUGAAUUAGUAUGGUAUAACUAGACCCAAACCCAGACAUCCAAUGUGAAAGUUUUCCUCCAACACCAAAUUGUUCUAUAUGGUCCACACAAUGUUCAGAAAAAAGUCACACGAUUUUGACCGUCGGGUUUGGUGGGGAGG